CCGCGCGGGCUGAUGACGCGCAGGCGCGGUGGGGAGAGGCGCAAGCUGAUGACACGCCAGCGCGCGCGGUGAACUGAGCAGCAUGGCGUCGGUGUCGCUAAGCGAGGCUGAGAAGGUCUACAUCGUUCAUGGAGUGCAGGAAGACCUUCGGGUGGAUGGCCGUGGCUGUGAGGACUACCGAUGUGUUGAAGUAGAGACUGAUGUGGUGUCUAACACCAGUGGGUCUGCCAGAGUCAAGCUGGGUCAUACAGACAUCUUGGUGGGAGUGAAAGCAGAGAUGGGGACACCGAAGCUGGAGAGACCAAGCGAAGGCUACCUGGAGUUCUUUGUUGACUGUUCAGCCAAUGCUACCCCAGAAUUCGAAGGGCGAGGAGGUGAUGACCUCGGCACAGAGAUUGCAAAUACCCUCUACCGGAUAUUUAACAACAAGAGCAGCGUCGACCUGAGGUCCCUCUGCAUCAGUCCUCGGGAGCACUGCUGGGUGCUGUAUGUGGACGUGCUGCUGCUGGAAUGUGGUGGGAAUUUGUUCGAUGCUAUUUCCAUUGCUGUGAAAGCUGCUCUCUUCAACACAAGGAUACCAAGGGUUCGUGUUCUGGAGGAUGAAGAAGGGUCGAAGGACAUUGAGCUGUCUGAUGAUCCUUAUGACUGCAUCCGACUGAGUGUGGAGAAUGUCCCCUGCAUUGUCACCCUAUGCAAGAUUGGCUGCCGGCAUGUGGUGGAUGCCACACUUCAAGAGGAGGCCUGUUCCCUGGCCAGCUUGCUGGUGUCGGUGACCAGCAAAGGAGUCGUGACAUGCAUGAGGAAAGUGGGGAAAGGAAGCCUGGAUCCUGAGAGUAUCUUCGAGAUGAUGGAGGUAAAUCCACAGUGCUGGGGCAAGCCUGGUUUGGGGACCUCACUCUUUCCUAACUCUUCAUCAUCCAGGUGUCUUCCCCGGCAUACCCAGGACCCCAAGUUGUGUGUGGAGAGCAGUGCAUUGAUUAGAUGGUGGGUAGAGCUUUGGGAUUGGUGUCAGGCCCUGCUAGUGACUGAUUAUCUUUACCAAGUCUCCCCUCCACUAAUCCCCAGUGGCUGCAUUUUGGUCUGAGAAUAUCUGAUGGUGUUAUCGUUGACUGUACGAAGUGUCACAUAACUCUAUCAUGGAAUGAGGAAUUGAAUUCCUGUCCCUUUCAAAGAGAGUGUAGGUAAGACCAGCACUGAAAGAGUAAGUGACCUAUCCCAGUUCUUUAUGACCUGGAAGUAUUUGGGGGAAGGCUAGCAAAGGUGGUGAGAACAAGGCUCAGUAAGUAGAGUCAUGGCUUCACAAACAUGAGGACCUGAUUCAGGUUCCCAGGACCCUCAUAAAACACUGGGAUGGUACAUGCCUAAUAAUAAUACAGUGAAUAUCACGGCACAUGCCUGUGACCCUAAUACGAGAGGGCAGAGAUAAGUGAUCCUGGGGCCUCAUUGGACAGCCAGUCUAACCAGUAGGUGAGCUUCACAUUCAGUGAGACCCUGUCUCAGAAAUUAAGGUGAAGAGUGAUAGAGGAAGGCUAAUACUGACCUAUGGCCUCCACUAGCAUAUAACAGAACAUGGUGGCAGUGUGCCUGGCUGGACCCAGGUGUCAACCUGUCCUGUGGCCAAUAAGGCUAAGUCUCAGAUACAAGCACAGUGAGGGACUUUACCUGAUGUGAGGUCCUAUCACCUUUGGUCAUGUGCAAGAGCUAAGAAUAUUCUUUCCAGGUCUUUGUCUUUCCCACAGAGAUGAUGUGGACAAGUCAGAACAUCCCCUUCAUGCCCUUCCUGUUAAAUGCCCUCAUUUAUUACAGUUCAUGAAGUUUUUAUAGAAGGCCAUCUUGUGGGAAGAACAUUCUGUACUCUGCCCCAUCCAUAGUUCAUAACUUUCUCACAUAAGCUUCCACACCAAGGUGGGUUGUGAAGACCCGUCUCCCAGGCUGUGCAUUCCAGCCUGGGCCUAGAGGCCCCUCCUGCAGAGAGGGAAGGAUGGCUGCUUUGAGAGUGUGAGGGGCAGAAGUGCUGGUGUGUCUCUUGUUCUCUGUACUCUUCUAAGCAACCUGGGUUUGGGUUUCUCUACAAGUAUUAGAGUGCAGAAGGAACCCUACCAAAGACCUCUUCAGACAGGAGGAGCUCAAACCUUCCCUUGGAGAGGAAUCACCCAGAGAACUUAAUGGAAGAUCUGUAAAAGUAUUCUUUACUUGCCUGAAUUAUUGUUGUCUCUGAGGCUUGCUGCCUUGGUCUGCUAACCUAGGCCUCAUCCUGGGAAAAUUCUAGCCUCUGUACAAUCUUACCUAGGCCCAGAAUGUUUUCAGCCUCCGAGACUUGAAUGAGUUCACCGUUCCUAGCUCUUUCUGAACUCUGGCUGGCUAGUUCAACUCAGACAUUCUGGCUCAAACUUUUUUCCAACCUGAUUGAUUCAAAAUGGUUUCUCUCAAUUUUUCCGAAGUGCUCUGCUUGGCCUCAAUCUAACUCUGUUCUAAUCUUCUGACUCGUUCUCAUUCUCCAGCUCAUUCUGUCUUCAUCUGUGUCUAGCUUGUUCCUCCUUUGCAACCUGUCUCUGGUACAACUGUCCUGGUAAAGCUGCUUCCUUCCUCUCUUUGCACUGCCCCUCAAGUAGCUUCCCUUUCCUCCCUCUCCUACUGAGAGUUGCACAUAUCCUAUUUUAUCAGAUCUUUCUCUGAUUCAUCACUUUGUCUGCCACUCUAUUAGACAUCACUUUUAAACAUGGCUGCUUCCUUCUACAAACUAACUUUACCUUCAUUGUUUGGGACUAAAGGUAUGUGCCGAGGAUGUGUCUGUAUUGUACCCAGAGGGAUUAAAGGUGUGUGCUAAGGGCUGAGCCACACUACGACUAGAAACAGGUUUUUUGUUGUUUUUUUUUGUUGUUGUUGUUUUCAGUAAAUAACAUAAUCUCGGGGUUCACAGAGCAAACAAAUAAUCCUGCAAAAGAAAUAUAGGAGUUUUAAACAAUAGCAAAGGGCUGGAGAGAUGGCUCAGUGGUUAAGAGCACUGACUGCUCUUUGAGAGGUCCUGAGUUCAAUUCCCAGCAACCACAUGGUGGCUCCCAUCUAUAAUGGGAUCUGAUGCCCUCUUUUGGUGUGUCUGAAGACAGCUACAGUGUACUUAUAUAUUAAAUAAAUAAUAUUUUUAAAAAUAGCAAAGAUUUGGGGUUGGGGAUUUAGCUCAGUGGUAGAGCGUUUGCCUAGCAAGCGCAAGGCCCUGGGUUCGGUCCCCAGCUCCGGGAAAAAAAAAAAAUAGCAAAGAUUUAUUGUGUACUACAUGCCAGGAAUGGUUCUUAGUGUUUUUCCCAGUCUGUCAUCCCCCAUAGUUAUUCACAUUUUUUGAGAUGAAGAACCUGAGGCAUGUAAAAGAUAAGCAGGUCUCUCUGGAGUGUUGUAGCUGAGCCUCUAGGACUGUCAGCCCGUAUUUGCCAAGAGCUUAGGGCUGCAGUGACUGGGAAAUUAGCUCCAUCAGUGAGCUGAGCCUGGGCCUCCCUGACUUGGGAGUGGGGUCUGCAAACUUGGCUCAAAGAGCUACAGGGCUGUGACUGUUCAUAUGGAUACAGUGGCUGUGAAUGGUGAGGUGGGACCCUCUGGGUAGCUCUGCAGGCUGUGGCCUCUGCUCUUGCUCAUGUUGUCCUUGCUCUCACCUCUUCUCAUCUUUCUCCCACUUUCAUUUGCAUGGAUAGUUAGAUUUGGACAUCUUUCUGUAGUGUAGGGUGUGUGUGUGUGUGUGUGUGUGUGUGUGUGUAUGCUUGCAUGUUUGCAUAUGUGUGAGUGCAUGUGGGGAGGUGUGUGUUUAUGUAACUAUGUGUGCAUGUGGAGACUGGAGGUUGGCACUGGGAGUCUUCCUUAGUCAUUCUCCACCGUAUGUAUUGAGGCAGGAUCUCUUCCUUGAAACCAGAGCUCAUAAAUCCAAGUAGUCUAGCCAGUCAGCUUGUUCUAAGGAUCCCUGCUUCUGACUCCCUGUGACCUAAAAUCACAGGUGUGCUACCACAUCUGCCCACGUUUACUGGGAGUCUGAACUCUAAUCCACAGUGAUCUUUUCCUAACCCGAGGCUCAUCUCACAUGACAGUUGUCAGCAGGAUAGACACAAAGAUGAUGACUGGCCUGGGGCUGGAUAUAUAGGCUUGGUUGGUGUCUUUGUCUCUGACACUGAGAUCCAAUCUAGUACCAAAAUCACAGCCAUAGGCUGUGGGAACACUCAAGAGAUUGCAAUGGAGACUUGAGGUUGGUACUCUGUAAUCUUUGAAUGACUCAUCAGCCUGGAGCCAGGAUAGCAUAAAGAUUUCGUUUGGGGGGCUUUGGGACAUUCUGCACUUGUACAUUUAUUUAGGUUUUUUUCUAGCCUGUCUGCUAGUUGGGUGCUAAUGUCUAAAGUAGCAGGUAGUCUGACCUGUUCUGUGUCGCUGUUCUAAUGCGGCUCAGCAGUUGGCCAACAACCCCGUCCAGGGGCUGGCUUUGGCACCUGAGUACUUGUACCUGGGAGACUGCUGCCAGGUGAGUUAGGAGUGGCUAUUGAGAUGGCCUGGCCUGGUGGUCUGCUCUUGAGCAGGAGGGUUUUCUGUGGUCUCUGACACCUUAUUAUAUAAAACAGUGCCUCGGCCAGGUUUGGUUGGCAGUGUGGCUGUUUGUCGUGGCCACAGGAGCACUGAUGGUUGGGCAUCCUUUCCUGACCCUUUCUGCUUUCUUUGUGUGUGUAGAGGAUCUCCAAGGUGUAACUAUGAUGCCGUUGGAGUUUAUAGUUCACGUUGUAUUAAUUAGAAGUCUAGAGUGUAGCUCUGUGGAAUGUGCGCUUAAUUUGUAGGGCAAAUGAAGAUCUGCUUUAGAAGUUCUGUGGUGCAGGCAGAUGUGUAGGUGUUGGGCAGACCAGAAAGCAGGUGGGGGCUUCUGAUCAGUUUGUACUUCACUAGCAGGUGACCUCUCCUGUCCCUGUCGUUCCACAGAGCAGCAAGCGAGUGGGCAAAGUGCUACACAUGUCCUUGCAGAGUCUCCUGCACAAGGAAGAAAGUCUGGGGCCCAAGAGGCCAAAAGUCGGGUUCCUGGGGUGAUUGUCUUCACUGUCCUGGAUGGACAUUGGUUGCUGCAUUUUUCCAUUGAGACUGGUUUGUAUAUAUUUUUCUUAAUUGUUAAAUUUAAGUCAACAUUUGUAAAUGUAAAAAUAAAGCCUAUUUUUUGGUCUGGUU